UGGCAUUGCUCUCCCCAUCCCCUCCAUCAUCAGCGUUCCUCUAAUUCUUCCCCUCCAUCCUCUCCGCCGGUCGGAUCUACCUGAUUGACCGCAAUGCGCCCGUCCCUUGCGCUGCUGGCAGCCGCCCUUCAGGCGACCGCUGGUAUUGCUUCCUCCUUGACGCCGCCGGUCCUGCCCCUGAUCGUGCGGAAUCCCUACCUGAGCACCUGGCUGGGAAAUGCCCGCGACGUGCCAUGGUCCAAAUGGCCCAUUUUCUACACUGGAGAGGAAGUGGGCCUUUCCCUGAUGGCCCACGUCCCCAGCACGGGCACCGUCUAUCCGCUGCUGGGCAAGCCUCAUGAAUCCCUGUCCGGGUCCUCGCAGGUCGAUUAUCCCACCUACCUCGGAGCCAACUAUGACGCGUCGACCACCAACCUGACCUACCGCCUCGACUCUGCCACCGCUGCCUCGCCUCCGCUGGAGAUCACCGUUUCGUUCCUGUCCCCCAUCACCCCCACAUCGACUCUGCGGCAGUCGAUUCCCGCGUCCUACGUCACGAUCCAUGUUCACGGUGGGGUCAGCGUGAACGUCUACAUGGACAUCAACGGCGGCUGGGUGAGCGGAGACACCGGAAGCCAUAUCAACUGGCAGUAUGACGGGUUCGAUGUGAAGGACAACAAGCCGACUCUGCGAAGAUGGCGAUUCCAGAGGCAGAACGAGCUUCUGCUCUCGGAGAUCCGUGAUCGCGCGGAAUGGGGCACCCUCCAUUUCACUGCACCUGGCGAUGUCCAAUAUCAGUCUGGAGAGGCUUCGGCAGUAAGGAAGACAUUCUUGACCCAAGGUGUCCUGGACAAUGUGAAUGAUGAGGCCUUCCGUGCGAUUGGAGACCGGGAGCCGGUCUUUGCGUUCUCCAAGUCCUUCGUGCUCGCCCGGAAGGGUGGUCCGACCAGUGCCAGCGUGACCUUCAGUAUUGCCCUGAUCCAGGAUCCUGUCGUCCAGUAUGCCUCAGCGCGCGGGUUGACCCUGAUGCGUCCGCUCUGGAGAUCGUGGUUCCCCAGCGAGGAGUCGCUACUGAGCUGGCACUACCACGAUUUCUCGCAUGCGGGCGUGCUGGCCUCAAACUACUCUGAGCAGUUGGCUAAGGACGCGUACCAGUCAGGCGCACACGAUUAUGUUGACAUCGUCGCGCUCUCUGCACGCCAAGUCAUGGGAGCGACCACCUUUUCAGGGACACCAGAUGACCCGAUCUUGUUUCUGAAAGAGAUCUCGUCUAACGGGAACUUCCAGACGAUCGAUGUCAUCUUCCCUUCGUUCCCAUUUUUCUUAUACACCAACCCGCGGUGGCUGGCGUACCUCCUGGAGCCACUGAUCGAGCAUAUGUUGAGCGGACAGUACCCGAACACGUAUGCUAUGCAUGACUUGGGAACUCACUUCCCCAACGCCACGGGCCACCCCGAUGGAAACGAUGAGUAUAUGCCAGUGGAGGAGUGCGGAAAUAUCCUCAUCAUGGGCUUGGCCAUCGUCAACUCGCUGCGCUACUCCGAAGACUCAGCUGCGUCAUCAGUAUGGUCGACACAGGGCGAAUCUCCCGUGUCCGACGACCAUCCCGGUUUCUUCCCUCUGGUUGACCUCCAGGUGCAGGGCGGUAUUGACAAGCAGGAUGGAAGAUGGGGUGGUGGCGCACAAGGCAAGCGCGAGGCCGAGCAAUGGCUUCAGCGCAGCUACCGACUCUGGAAACAGUGGACUGGCUACCUGGUGGAGUUCUCCCUGGAGCCGGAGAAUCAACUGUCUACCGAUGAUUUCGCCGGUUGGCUCGCGCUCCAAACGAACCUGGCGCUCAAGGGCAUCAUCGGGAUCAAUGCCAUGAGCAAGCUAGCCGAAGUCGCUGGAGAUCAAGAAGACGUCUCCUACUACAAGAACAUCUCGGACACCUACAUCGCCAAAUGGGAGAAGCUAGGCAUGUCUCGCGACCAAACGCACGCCAAACUCGCAUACGACUGGUACGGGUCGUGGACCACGAUCUACAACCUGUACGCCGAUGCCCUGCUCUGCUUUCACCUCGAGAGCACCGACAUCCCUCCCCACGCCUCCCAGCAGGAACCUCUCCACCCCCCACCCUACAAGAGCAAGAAGACCGGCUUCGUCCCCCGCCACAUCUACCAGCGCCAGUCCAUCUGGUACCACAACGUGCGGCAGAAAUACGGUCUCCCCCUGGACAGCCGCCACCUAUACACCAAGACGGACUGGGAAUUCUUCUCCAUGGCAGUCGCCAGCGAGAAUGUCCGCAGCGAAGUUCUCGAGUCCGUCGCCAAAUGGGUCAACGAGACAGUCACCGACCUCCCGCUGACGGAUCUCCACAACACCGAAGGCAAGGGCGAGUUCCCCGGCCCGAACUUCUACGCUCGCCCCGUCAUCGGCGGCCACUUCGCCUUCCUGGCUCUCCAGCGCGCCUGUGGCGGACGGGCCAUGGAUGGCCUCGCCUAUCUGGACCGCGGGAAUAAUGUAUUCUCGACCAGCACGCUGUCGGACUGGGAACAGGCCGCCGCGGACGCCGUGCAGGAGUUCCAGGUGUCUUCUGACAGUGUCGAUGAACAGCAGGAUGACAGCGACGACAGUCAUGGAUAUGGCUCUGAGAAUUUGGAGUUGUGAUUGGUUUAUCACCUGCAUGGCUGGGUCAUGUAACACGAAUGUCUGUGUCUGGGCCACGAACAAUCUAGCUAUCAACUAUAUAUCUAUUUAUCUAUAUAUAUAGUUCAGUUGGAUGAAUACCUUUUGGCUAGAAUUAGUCUACUCUGUCUAUUUAUAGCCAACAUACGUCGGAAAGACCAUCAGACACUGAAC